UGUCAGAGUUUGUAAUUAAAAUCUCUUUAUUUCCCAUCUUGGAUCUCAUCUGACAAGAAGCUGAAGAUCUUCUGCCACAUAACUCCAAACCCUUUUCUUAUCCAUUGCUCCCCUUGAUCUCUCUGAUCUCAGACCAAACCGUGUCUUAUAUCAAAUCUUUAUGUUCUUUUACAGCUAAGUCUGUUCCUUUUAUGAUGGCACAGAGGGAAGGACCAAACACAUUUUAACCCAGAUUCAAGGUACACACGUCCCUAUUCUCUGAAUUCAAAUAAAAACUAUUGCCUUCUUGUCUCUAGAUACACUUUUCACUUCAUUUAGCCCAUACCCUUUUGGUCUUCUUCUGAGAAUUGUACUUAUUAAUCAGUGUCUGGGUUUAGGGGGUAUAUAUUUUCAAGUAUUGUGGUUGUGACUUCCAAGUCAAAACAUAAACUUGGACCUUAGAUUGAGUGUGUUCUUGUUUCUUUUUUCUUUUAAGUUUUGAUGAACAUUUGGAUGAUGUAAUUCUGAAUUAUAUGUUAUCAUAAGAUGUCAAGUGAAUACUUGAAAAUGGUUAAACCUUGUUGGAAAUCAUCUUUUGAAGAUGAAAAUAGCGGUCGUGUUGAUGGUUUGUUGUGGUAUAAGGAUUUGGGACAACAUGUUUAUGGUGAAUUCUCAAUGGCUAUGAUGCAAGCCAAUAGUGUAUUGGAGGAUCAAAGCCAACUGGAAUCAGGGCCAUUGGGCUCAAGAAAUUCUGGUCCUCAUGGAACGUUUGUCGGAGUAUACGAUGGACAUGGAGGACCUGAGACUGCAAGAUUUAUCAAUGACAACCUUUUCCGCAAUCUUACGAGGUUUGCAUCUGAGCACUGUGAGAUAUCAGAAAAUGUUAUAAGAAUGGCUUUCUCAGCAACUGAAGAGGGAUUUCUCAGCCUGGUGAGGAAACAGUGGCUCAGUAAGCCACAGAUGGCAUCAGUGGGAUCAUGUUGUUUGGUGGGGUUGAUAUGCAAUGGAUUGUUAUAUAUAGCGAAUGUUGGAGAUUCUAGAGCUGUAUUAGGGAAAGCUAAAAGGAGCACCAGGGAAGUUUCUGCUAUACAAGUAUCCAUGGAGCACAAUGCAAAUAUAGAUUCUGUGAGAGAUGAGCUUCGGUCAUUGCAUCCCAAUGAUUCACAAAUUGUUGUGUUGAAGCACAAAGUGUGGCGUGUGAAGGGCAUCAUACAGGUUUCAAGAUCCAUUGGCGACGCAUAUCUAAAGAAGGCAGAGUUCAACAGAGAGCCUUUAGCAUGUAAGUUUAGAUUGCCAGAAUCAUUCAACAAGCCAAUCCUUAGCGCAGAGCCAUCGAUAUUAGUACACAAACUUGACCCAGAAGAUCAGUUUCUCAUAUUUGCUUCUGAUGGUCUAUGGGAGCAUCUUAGCAAUGAGGAGGCUGUCAACAUUGUCCAUAACUAUCCACGGAAUGGAAUUGCGAGGAGACUGGUUAAAGCUGCACUAAAAGUAGCAGCGAAGAAAAGAGAAAUGAGGUACUCAGACCUGAAAAAGAUUGGUGGAGGGGUGAGAAGACAUUUUCACGACGAUAUCACAGUGAUAGUUGUAUAUCUAGAUCCCAAUUUGAUUGAUAGGAGCUUCAACUGCAGCUCACCCUUUUCAAUAAGAGGAGGCCUCAAUAACUCAUUCUCUGCAAACUUCUAGAGUUGCAUAUGAUGGAAUCUAUUUACAAUUUACUAGGAGAUUAGUUGCUUUAUCUUACACUUCCGUGAGUUAGUUUACUUUCCAUUAGGAGCUUAAAUAGUUGCAUUGGAACAACAGUUCUCUUCUUCCUGGAGAAGAAGCAUGAGAUAUAUAAGGUGGAGAACUGAUCAAAUACGAAGCUUAUAGUUGUUGAGAUCUGUGUAGAUAUAAGUUUCUUUUGCAUCAUCUGAAGCUGUAGCUUAAUGCAUUUUUAUGAUCGAUCCCAUGUUUAAGUUAUCUCUA